AUGAUGUUGUAUGUUAUUGGUUUUGCUUUGUAUGGUGUGAUACGAAAUGGUACGUCGAGAGACAAUGAUCUGAAUUCUAUUCGAUUUAUCGAAUAUAUAAGGCGGCAAGAUUUCGAUGGAAUCAGAUUUCUCUUCUCAUAUUCUCCUUCAUCAUAUCAGACCAACAUAACAAGCAAAGCUUUUUUCACAGGUAGAAAAUUCGCGAUGCUUGCCAGCCUUCCACUUCUACUUUCUUGCGUUUCCGCAAGUGUGAUUCCACUCUUCGAGAGAAAUGAUAAUUCGCUAACCAAUGUCGGUGCUGACACUGUAGUCAGUCACUUGACUGAUCCAUUUGAUAUUCGCUCUUCUAAGAGAGAUACCCCCCCUUACAUUGGUUCUGACGUCGUCAAUGCUAUUUCUGGUUCAAUCGACAACACCAUCAGCAUCCCAUAUUUUAACAAUACCCAAAUCUUAAACGAGAUUGAAAACUCUAUCAAUUCCCAAUUGGACGCUUUGAACCAGGGCUUGGAAGCUUUGGACCCAUUGCACAUUUUCCAAGUCGUCGAACAAUCUGUGCAGAACUUGCCUAGCGACAUUGACCAAUUCAAGAAUGGUUUGAUUCAAAAUAUCCAAGGCACUGUCGGAAAUUUGUUUGGUAUUCACCUCGGUAAGAGAGAUGGUAUCCCUUCGAUUGGUUCUGAUGUCAUCAAUGCUAUUUCUGGUGCAAUCGAACGCGUUAUCCCACUUCCAUCAGGUAACAGGACUCAAAUCUUGCAGGAUAUCGAACACGGUAUCAACUCACAAUUGGGAGACUUGCAACAAGGCCUGGAAUUUUUGGACCCAUUGCACAUUUUCCAAGUCAUUGAGAAUGCUGUGAAGAGCUUGCCUAGCGACAUUGAUCAAUUUAAGAACGGUUUGGUCCAAGCCAUCCAAGGCACCGUUGGAAAUUUGUUUGGUAUUCACCUCGGCAAGAGAGAUGGUACCCCUUCGAUUGGUUCUGAUGUCAUCAAUGCCAUUUCCGGUGCAAUCGAACGCAUUAUCCCACUUCCAUCAGGCAACAGAACUCAGAUCUUGCAGGAUAUCGAACACAGUAUCAACUCUCAAUUGGGUGACUUGCAACAAGGCCUGGAAUUUUUGGACCCAUUGCACAUUUUCCAAGUCAUUGAGAAUGCUGUGAAGAGCUUGCCUAGCGACAUUGAUCAAUUUAAGAACGGUUUGGUCCAAGCCAUCCAAGGCACCGUUGGAAAUUUGUUUGGUAUUCACCUCGGCAAGAGAGAUGGUACCCCUUCGAUUGGUUCUGAUGUCAUCAAUGCCAUUUCCGGUGCAAUCGAACGCAUUAUCCCACUUCCAUCAGGCAACAGAACUCAGAUCUUGCAGGAUAUCGAACACAGUAUCAACUCUCAAUUGGGUGACUUGCAACAAGGCCUGGAAUUUUUGGACCCAUUGCACAUUUUCCAAGUCAUUGAGAAUGCUGUGAAGAGCUUGCCUAGCGACAUUGAUCAAUUUAAGAACGGUUUGGUCCAAGCCAUCCAAGGCACCGUUGGAAAUUUGUUUGGUAUUCACCUCGGCAAGAGAGAUGGUAUCUUCUCCAUUGGUUCUGAUGUUGUCAACGCUAUCUCUGGUGCAAUCGAACGCGUUAUCCCACUUCCAUCAGGUAACAGGACUCAAAUCUUGCAGGAUAUCGAACACGGUAUCAACUCACAAUUGGGAGACUUGCAACAAGGCCUGGAAUUUUUGGACCCAUUGCACAUUUUCCAAGUCAUUGAGAAUGCUGUGAAGAGCUUGCCUAGCGACAUUGAUCAAUUCAAGAACGGUUUGGUCCAGGCCAUUCAAGGCACUGUUGGCAACUUGUUUGGCAUUCACCCUUCAAAAAAAUGA